GAUCACGUGUCUAUUUAUUUCCAGGACCUUUUUUUUUUAAAUCAAUCACGUGCCACUCUUCAUCCCCUAUCACGUGCUCCCCUAAAGGACAACAUCAUAGCCCAUAAUGGCAGGGCAUCCAAGCUGGGACCCAAAUGGGUAUGGUGCGGGUGGUCUCAAAGCAGAUGAAGGACGCAUCGCGAUAGGCUCUCUGGAAGGAUUCCAAACACCGGGGCCUAACAAUCUCACCCACGCCCAUGUUUAUCCUUCACAUACUGGGCAUACUGGAAAUCAGUUUGAUCUCCAGGGGCAGUUUCCAGAAGGUGGUGUUCAGAACCAUGGACGAUACUAUGAGAAUCCCCAUGGUUUUGGUGGUGCGAACACAAAUGGAGGUGGUCUCCACGGCCAUGGCCAGUUCGAACAUCCAUACGAGGGCUCCUCUUUCAACGUCAACCCAGGAUAUGAAACUGGAUUUUCGAAUAGGGAAGUCCACAGUCAGUUUGUAACUGAACAGCCCAGUCGAACUCAUAGCCAUACGCCGAGUGCUUUCAGUUCGCAGCCAUGGCAAGGCGCUCCAAUUCAACAGUUCCAAUCGGAUUUUAACCUAAAUCCUGUUAAUUAUGGUCAUCGUAAUGGCGAACCAACUUACCAGCAACAUGUGAGCCCUUACCAAGGAAAUAAUUUCUUUGGUCAGGAGGUUUUCAGCGCCCGGAAUGGACCAACAAGCUUCAGAUCCCAACAAGCUCAACCUAUGCUUCAGUCUUAUCAGGGCCAUCAAACUGGAGGUGGAACUAUUAUGCAGUUCCAGCCUAGCCCUGGUGCAGAUGUGCAGGAAACUUCCGGUCAGAUUUACUCGCAGCAUCAACAGAUGCAAGGUAUUGUGCCGACACCUCAAGCACACCCCGCAGCUGCAGCCGCAGCCAACACCCAGGCGACAGCAGUUGUGGGGCCACCGCCUUCAAAUGAUCAACUCGUUGCACAGGAACCCGACAACUCUUGGGUAAAUCCUGACGGGUGCCCUUUCCUUCUCGUCAAAAACCCUCCGCCGACAAAGCUAGGCACAUAUCGCGACGUGAACCUACAAAACACGGACAAGUCAUACAUUGCCAAACAUGACCCGCGCAUAAACACCCUUUUGCCGCAACGACGGGGUCGACUUCCCUGUGAAAUUCAGGCAGAACUUGAACUCUUAACCAAAGAAUGUGCUAAUGCACUUCAACCUGAGAAAGACAAGCUGCAAGGUCAGAUGACCCAAUUGGAGAACGAGCCUGUUAUUGUGUCUGGAUCUAAAGACCUCGUACCUGGUGCACAAGUAAAAGUCAAAGCCAAUUCGAAACGUCAAGCUUCCAAUAUGGAUCCUGCUUCAAAACCUAAAAGCUUGGAGAAUGUGCCUGAAGAUGAAGAGAGCGCGACAGAUACUGCAGCACGAACGAUCAAGUCAACUCAUCGGCCAAGCGAUGCUCUUAAGGCCAUAGAGUAUGAUAUUAUCAACAUUCUCUGGCGCGAUCCCAAGCAUCCUGAAUAUCCACAGAAGUUGGUAGGGGAGAAGCUCCAUGCCUUUGCCGAUUAUGUUAUAGACUUGUGGUCUAAGAGCAAAGACUUAAAGAGCAAAGUUGAUGAUGCCAAGAAGAAGAACGAUCAGGCUAAAGCGACAUCACUUAAAGCUGAUUUGGACGCCACUUACGACUCGAUCCGUGUUGCCAUUGAGGCCGCCAUCAUGUUUGGUGAUAGAUUCACCGUCACUCAACUAGGUAUACAUACCAAAUUCCUAGGCAACCUUUCUAUUCUACUACGAACCCUCUUCAUGGCUGAAGACUACAACGGCCGCCUACCGAAGGCUAUCUUAAAACUCCUCUCACUAUUUGUUACGGUGGAAAUGGAGUUCUUGAAAGAGAGAGUCAAGUUGGAUCGCGUCCGACAGAAAUUUAAGGACAAUCUUGAUGAAGAAUCCACCGAUUACAUGGAUCAGAUCUUUGACAAUGCUAAGAAGCGUUCCGCAUUGAAAGCAGAGGAGACCCGAGAGGAUGUCAAGAAGAACGACGAUGCUAAGAAAGCUAGUCAGGGUCCUAAGAAGUCAUCUUCAAUGAGCACCAAGGACCCUGUUAUAGCUCCUUCUAAGACACCACUUUCGAAGAAUGAUGCUGUGUCGAAGAAGAACAACGCAGAGAUCAAGAGACCUAUCGACUAUUCCAGCCUUGGGUCGGCUAGAAAGGUUAGCAGUACAGCUGCUAAAGCAAGCCCUUCUCUUACCGCCUCCAAGAGGCCUGGGGAUGACGGCGUCGAUUCGAGAGUCCCGAAGAAACUUGCCGUCGAGAAUGCAGCCGGUGCUCCAUCGAGUGCCAAGACAUCAUCUAGCGUAACUCCCGCAGUUCCCCAAAGUUCGUCAGCGAACGCGCAGUCUCGCUCUAGACCUAGCGGGUCAAUGCUCCCUGGUAGAUCACGACUGUCUACCAAGGCACAGCCGAAGAAGCCGGUUGCUCGACAAUCCGCCUCUUCCACAAUCGGUGGUCUCCUCGCUGAGAUCAAUUCGGAGGAGAAACCCAAGCAAGCCAAGGAACCGGAAAGAGCCCCGGAGACUCCAGAAGAGACUGAGAUCAGAUUGCGUAAGGAAGCAAGACGAAAACUGCGUGUUACUUGGAAACCGGACGGUGAGCUCACGGAGAUACGUAUCUUGGAGCACGAUACGGCAGAGGACAAAGGGCGGGAUGAUAACAUGUUGCGAGAUGCCCGAGACAACCGCUCUGAAGGUCAGGUGCUGAGAGAGUCAGUUCAACGGGAAAAGGAUGGGGUAGAUGAUGUCGAAGAAGACGAAGCCCGAGAGAAAGCAAAUGAUGUUGCCCUACAAAAAUGGAGCGAACCUGCCCCUUAUUCACCGGCGCAAAAGAGCCGCAUCUCUCAGAAGCGGCAAGAGGAAAUGUUUGCACCUCGUGGUGGCUUGCGUCCCGUUGAGUCCAAGCAGAAUAAGGUGAUGGAAGAGUACGAAAGCCGGGAGUUGAUGGCUAUAUACACAAGCUUCUCGGAAGUUCCCGAGACGCCAAGAUCGCCAACCGGUAGGAUCGCCGAGAUUGUAACGCAACCAAAGAUCCGAACUCUACCAUCAGGCCCGACACAGUGGAAUGAAUCUCUACCGGCGACGAAUACCAAACAUGCAGAGAUUCACCAUCGUUGGUCCGACAACAUAAAUUUCGGACGCGAGGCGGCGCGAGUCAAUGCUCUUCAUAGAUUGAAAGGCUCACAUGGUUCGACGAAUUCUACUAAUGUGGCGCGUGGUCGCAGUGGAUGGGAUGCCCCAAGUGGAAGAGAUGAUGGGUCAGAAGUGCUUGCCUUACUACAAUCGGACAAGGUCAAGAACUACGUAGAUCCAGACCCAUUCGACCCAGCGCAUCCCAAGACUCACCGUCGGCAUGAUUAUGGGGAUCCUAAGGUUCAAGCGGACAUCGAUGCUUUGGAGGAUACUUUCGCAAUGUUCAUCAGUAAACAGGCCCCUCCCAACCAGCCACCCACGCCCCAAGCAAAUGCUGGUCAACAAUAUCAACAGCUGGCCCAGCCACAGCACGUUCAGGCACAACAGGUCCAGCCGCAACCUCAGCAACAACUUCCACCAGAGUACCUGGAAGCUCUUCAGAAAAUUAAUGCCCUCAGUACUGGUCAAGCUCUCCAGCCUAGCGUCCAGCCUCCUGUGGCCCCUUCUCUUCAGCCGAAUCCUGUUGCCCAACAACCAUUCUUUGCCGCGUUACUUCAACAGGCAGGCCCUCCGCCUCAACCAGCUCAGCCGGUCAAUCCUUUGCAAGGUUUACAGGGAAUUUUAGAUGCCUUAAAGAUAGCCUCAGCACCGGCGUAUGCCACCCCUCAUGCGGCUCCCAAUAUUGUUCCCAAUGCUGCUUCCCACGCCGCGCCUCAGGGUUAUUGGCCAGACUGGUCUCAGAACCAGGCUCAGCCUCAGAUCCAGCCCCAAACCAACCAGGCAUAUACUGGCUAUGGUCAUAACAAUCAGUCUUUCGGCGGCCAAUCCCAGCACAAUCAACCGCAGGCAACGCAAGGUCAGCAUGAUAGUAAUGACCGCGGUAACCGCAGGGAUUUCCGAGGUAACAGGGAGCAAAAGAACAUCAACCGCUCCCUCAUCGGUACGAAACCAUGCUCAUUCUGGGCGAAGGGUCAGUGUGCCAAGGGCAGCAAUUGCACAUUUCGGCACGACCCGAACGAUCUUCAGGACCAGGGCCAGAACUAGAAUGACCAGUACCAGAACAACCUGAAC